CCAUACGCAUGUCCGCUACCAUGUACCACGGCUGGAGCCAAAGUAUGCAACCGUGUCAGGCCGUCGAAGACUCCGCCGUCGAAGCUCCUCUGGACGCCAAAGGCAAGAGGUCGAGGCAGACGUACUCAAAGUACCAGACGGCAGUGCUGGAAACCGUUUUCCGCACGUCCAAGUACAUUGUGCGCAGCAAGCGGCAGCAAAUGUCGGCCGAGCUGAACCUGAGCGAGCGACAGAUCAAGAUAUGGUUUCAGAACAGACGGAUGAAGGCGAAGAAAUCCCACAAAGAACUGCCGCCGCAAACCGACUUGGCCGGAUUCCCCGAAGGCGGCUUUGUCUGCGAACCGGUCGUCUCAGGAUAUCCGGUCGUCGACAACAACUUAGCUCAAGGCGAAGGAUACGCCUAUCCCGCGAUGCAACCGAACAAGCAAGAAGAAGUCUACGCCGGCGGUUACGGGGGUAACUUCGACGUACUUGCCAGUGGUCAGUGGUCGCCCACAGUUACCGCCGACUUCCAUCAAAACUUUUACAACGACGUGAUACGAUCACCCGGAUCAGUUCCAUAG